AACUGGAAAAGUAUCUCACAGGUAGGAAAAAAUACAAGAGGAAGACCAAGCACAUUUUCCUUGCCUCAUUUCCACCAAUUACUCCUAGUUCUAUCUUCCUUUAUUAUGCUGGAUGAUCUCUCUUCACUCUUCAAAUAUUUGGAGGUGAGUAUGCUGCUCGUUAGUCAAACUCGAUUUUGCUUUUGCAGUGUUUUUCUUCUACAGAGUAGAUCCAGCCUCUCUGUUGCUAUUCUCUGAGUUUUUUCUAGUUUGUCAUGGUUUUUCUGGUAAUGUGGUUCCUGGAACCAAGAGCAAUACUGCAGGCACAGCAGGUCCGUGUGAGUGAUUGUGUGAUGUUGCCCUCAGGUGGUUAGUCCAGAGAGAAGAUGCAGCCUUUAAAAAACCCUGUUACCUACGGAACAGAAGUCUGUGACUGCAUGGGAGCUGUAGAAGGAGUGUUUGUCUCUUAUCUAACUCUGCUCUUCACAAAGCUAAGCCUUGCUGCUCACUCAUUCCCUUCUCCCAUCACAGCCUCCACUGACCCGUGUCUGUCAUGCCAUUUUGUUCUCUGCUUUUUCUAUUCUUCUCUGCCCUUCCAUUAAGGAAGUGAUUGUACUCAACCUUGAUUUCACAGGAUGAUACACAGAUGACUUCUUUAAGAAUUACUAUGGAAAUAUAUAAAUUCCAAUUUAAUACAAACUUCGCUCUGCACUGAGUUUCCUCUCUCAAUACUGCACUGUCCAUGGAAGCGCUCAGAUCCUUUCCCUGAGGUCAGCUCUAAUGCAGAAUUUUUCAGAAUGCAGUUUUCUCAGCUUUCCAUGACUUUCACUGGCAUAUAGAGCCCCAUCUGCCAUCACUUUGUCCCAUUUACCUAAGUUUUGCUUCAUUCUUGCUCCCAUUGAAUGCAAAUGCCAAAUCAUGCACCGAUUUUAGAAAGAGCAGCUUUUAGUUGGACCUUUUGAUUUUUUUCCCAAUCAUUCUACGCAUUCUUAUAUAGACUUGGCCACCUGACUGAACACUUCAUCCCCUGGACGUGGUGCAAAAGAAAGCUGUGGUUGCACUAGCAAUGUUGAAGAUUUUGGCAGUCCAAUAAAAGGAGCUGGAGUGGAUCAUUUUUGGCUGCUUUACGUCAAAGUGCUGAUCAUGGGAAAUGCCCUGCAACCCCUGUACAUUCAACACUGCUAAGAAAUUGAUGUUUUCUCCUAUGUUUUCUUUCACAACUUCACUUUAUUUCUUUGCUUUUUGCAGAACAAAUGUUUAUAUAUCUCAAACACUUGAUGUGUCCCCCUGUAGUUUUCUGAUAUAUUUGCUAGUUUCAGUCAACCUUCCAUAAGCAGAGACUUCAAAAUAAUUAUGAAAUGUAUUUCUACACAUUUUGUGACAACUGGUUGUUUUGGGAAGUGUAGAGGGAAUUUUACAGAUGUACAGAGAGAAAACAAAAUUUUACAAUAAUUCAGUUUAAAAGUUUUUGUAUUUGUAUUUGCAAAUAGUAGCUGUACUUUGCAAAUACGUGUAGGAAAUUAGGCUUCAUUAGUUCCACUGCUUAUGCAACUGCUUAUUAAUCUUUGGCAGUUAUUCAUCCUGCAAUCUGUUGUUGCCAAGUUUUCUUAAUAGCCAUUUGCAAAGGGCUUUAUCCUUGUACCUUUGGGAAGGGCCAGUCGGUUACAUAUGCUGGGAUUGUGCUUAGAUAGGUCUUUCCAAGAACUCUGUAAAGCUGAAGGGAAGGAAAAAAUUAUCCUUACAGACUUGUUGAGUCUUGUUUACCAUAUUCAGCCUGAUAUCUUAAAAUACAAUACCUCAUUAUUUUCCCAGCUUUAUUUGUAGGUCCUCCUAUAAGGCUCAAACUCCACAGUGCUAUUUUCUCUAGAAGAAAUGCCUGCAGUGUUGUUGUUGCAUUAUACUCAAACUGUCAUGGUUUCCCAGACUAGCUGUUUUUGAUGAAAAAUGAAAAUCAUAUCCUUAUGUUAGAUGUUCAGCUGAUUCAGUCUUGAUUUCCGUAAUGUCUCUGGAUCUGAGGAGUUUCUUCAUAUCACUGUUGUUGCUGCUAUACAAUGUAGGCAUAACAACUAAUAAUGUACAGUAGGAAAAACCAUAUAGAGAAUAAAUGACUGUUCAGAAAGGAGGUCACAGAGAUAUUUCCAAGUAGCUGUCACAGUUCCCUAAGAGGUAGGAAACAAUGCAUAGGAUCAGAGCAGAAAACGUCUGAAAUUUCCAGUGAACUGAACACACCAUGAGACUGACCUCCCAAAACACAUGUAUUUUGCCUGCACAUUUUUUCAGAUCUGCAAAGGGUGUGUUCACAUGUUCCAGACAUCCUUCUUUGGAGGAUGUUAACCUAGCUCCAGGGCACUGGCUAUGCAGUGCUGUAAUAGAGCAGGGUGCCACAGAAUGCCUCCCCCUCUCUGACAGUGCACCUGAGAAGGAGGAAAGUAAUUCUCUGCCAUUUCUUUUUGCCUCAUCUGAACACAAGAAUUGCUUUAUUAGACUUUUUUGUUAAACUAGAUAAAGUAUUGAGAAUAGACCACCUACAUGUACUGAAUUAUCUUCAACCCUUCGUUGAAGGUAAGGCCUUUGUUUCUACCUCCAGUACUUCCAUCACGACACUAAUGAAAAAUCACCCAGAGUAUUAUUUUCCAUAAGAUAUUUAUAUCAUUAUUGCCCAACAGCUCUUAAGCCUGGUCCUUCUCCCAAGUGCCUUUGGUAGUUGCAUCCUUUUUUCUUUAAUUAUUCUUGUGUGCUUUGUGAGAAGAUAAUUGUAGGUGACUUGUGGCAACUGUUGCAAUGCACUUCUAAGAUUGUAGGACAACAAAAACGACCUAACAGAUCAAAUUUGUACGGAGUUCCAUUCUGUAUAAGAAAUUCCUCUUUCUUUGUUACUUAGCAUAGCCUUUGGUAUCUAGUGUCCAGAGAACCCAGCCUCUAGGGAGACAAGGCUUGGGAACAGCACAUUCAGCACGUUGGUGUCCAGGCUGUCGGGUAUCUGUGUUGGCCAAGACUGCAAGCCUCAGUCACACUUAACCGUCAUGCCAUCAAAUGUGUCCAAAAUCAGUGCGGCUCUGCCUCACAAUUACACUCCAGGUUUAAAUGUCCUGCUCUGCAGCAUAGCAGGGCCCAUAUCCCAGAGCUCAGAAAGAACCCAUGGAUCCUGCUCCCUGUGUGUGGUAGGGUGCACAUGUGGGGACCAUCACGUUUUGUGCGUCUGGGCUGAGCACCAGCUCCCACUGCCUGCUGCCUGCUUCCAAUCACCAAUAUCCCCAGGAUUAUCCCCAGGGUAUCAGUGACCUCAGUACACUGAUUUGGACUUGAAAGUUGCUUUUGUUUUAAAUGUUGCUGAGUCUAAAACCAGCUCACGUAACCAACUGCCUAUUUCCAAACAGCUGUUGUGUAACUUCGCUCCCCACCCCCUGAGAUGUUGCCCGCCAUUCAUUUAAUGGGCUCAGUUUCACUGGGAAGUGCCUGGGGGAACCUCUUAGCUCCCUAAUUAGCAACAGAAGGGGCCAGUCCGUGCUGGAGGUAGCAGUGAAACAUUUGUGAGAUCUCCAGAGAAUAAGGGAGGCAGAGAAGGGGUCAUUUCCAGCUGGGGAAACACUAACUUUUAUUCAGUAUACAGUGCAGGGCAGAGGACUAAAAAGAUGGGGGGUGACGGCACUUGCAGAAAAAAUGGUGAUAGGCUUCCUAGGCAAGAAAGAAGCAUUUGUGAAGGGAGAAGAGGAAGUAGUUGAGUUCUUCCAUGGCCCUCCCAAGUUGUUCAUCACUCUGGCAAUCUGAGUUUUACAUAAAAUACAGUGGAGCAGCCCCAUGGGCUGGCUGCUGGUGGAGGCAGGAGUGAAGUGCUGCUGUGAUCUGCUCUCAGAUGUUUCAUCUGGCUCUUGUUAAUAAAAUUCAGGAAUUAACAGCUAGGAAGUGCUUAGGAGCCUAGUGCUUCUUCACGGGAUGUAAUCACUGAGGCCGAACAUGGAGGCAGCCAUUCAGGGCUGGAACAAAUCUCCCACUGACCAGCUGAAUUUCCCAAGUCCUCACCAGGAAGAUGAAAAUUUUGCCCAUCCAUUGUGGCACAGCUGGGGCUCUUUGUUGGUUCUCAGGACACAGCCACAUGUGUUAAGCUCUCCAGUUCUUCCUGUGCAAUCCCAUUACCAGGCAGUAUUGUUCAUGCAACAUGUGAGGAAAGAGACAUAUGUAGAUGAGCAGUCCCAGCUUGGACUUAUUGUGUUGUGCAGACCAUUCCCCUUCUGAAUUCAUGUGGGGAAAUGCCACAUUUCAUAUCUUGUGCUGUCUUUGGUCUGAGGGAGCAAACGUGGAAGCCAAGCUGAGGAAGGUCUUGUUAGCCUUCAGGUGCUUUCUUAAUGGAAAAAAAGAAGUCUGGCUUAGGUUAGAAGGAGCCUUAAAAAAAGUUUGAGUGCUAUGGAGAAGGUGAGUAUCACAAGUGAUGCCAUGGGCAGAGCAGGGUCCAUGAGAGCCUGGAGGGGCAGGGGCAGCCCCUGCGCAGCUCCAAGGCUCCCAGGCAUUGCCCUGCCCUAAACAGCAUCACCAGCCAGCAGUUUGCCAAGUAAAAAGACCAGAGCCAGUCUCUGGCAUAGGACAGGAGACCAUUCGUAAACAUCCUGUUGCCACACACAAUUUGCUCUCUACUAAUAGUCUUAAGAUAGUGAACCUGACUUUGCAUGUGUGAAAGAAGAAUAAUGGUGCAAAGUCUUCAUGCUGAUAGAUGUAGGGCAGAGCAUUACAGCCAGGAGCAUAAAUCCUGGGGAGGGGCUUGCAGUGGACUUAAGGGUCAGCAUAAUCAUCUAUACAGAGCUAUUUGUCAAAGCUUUUGUGCUCCAGUCUUAACUCUGUUCACAAUCUUAUUUCAUAACCAGAAAUCACCAGCUUUCCUUCUUGUGUCUCAGUUUUAUUAUUAAUGGUAUUUAUAAGGCUUACAUUCUGAAAACGUGCAAAGAACAAUGAGAAAAAUACAAAAUGCUCAAAGAGGAAAAAAGAAAGAAAGAAAAACAUGGUUAUUAUUAUCUGUACUGUGAGCUCCUCUUCCCACCAGAGGGCACCCAGUAUUUGCAGAAGUGCUGUGAGUGCCUCUGCACUACUUGGGCUUUUUGAAACCUCCUCGAAGAGGUGGCAGGUUAUUGUGUGUUUGGCUUCUGCUUAUAUCCAGGUCCUAAAGCAAACAGGGGAAAAAAAUACAUGACAGUUACAUUUGUGUGUGCGUAUUUUCUACCAUUGCUGCAGGCGUAUUGCUGAUUGGUGACAAGCAAAGGUUUGAUAAAACGUCAUUAAGGAUAAGGGAUCCUGCCCCAGUACAGGGAGAUGCUCUGAGACACUCUUCUCUCUCCUUUCCUCUGGUAGCUGCGUCCGUGGGACACGCAUCACAGCCUCCAGGGAGGCUGCCUUGACGCCAGCAAGCAAUUUCUGCCUGAAGUCGCGCAUUUUCGCCACUAGAGGUUGUAAGAGAGAAGGAGAAACAUCUUGUUUUAAAGCUGUCGAGCUGCUGCAGCUCUCCAAAGCGGAGGAUUUCCUCUGGAACCCCUGGGUCUCUUUGCUCCAAGCACUCGCAAAAUUCCUGCACAUCUACCCUGCAUUUUAGGCGGUCUCUUGACCUUUUGUUUGGAAGUCAGACCUUAAAGCCGAGUGACCCCAGAAAGGCAUAACCAGAAAUAGCUCUGGUGUAGCAAUAAAUUGAACUUUGACCAAAUGAAGGAUUUAUAGUUUUACUCCCAUUUUCCACAUUUUUGGCAGCACAGGGACUGCAUAUAUACCCCAGUAAUGCGAGACCUGAUCAUCGCGGAUCUCAGUGGUGAUGGGACUUUACUUUGAGCGCUGCAAGGAGAGAAGAAUUAUUCCCUCUGGCAAUACAGCUAUUCCUGGACUGAAACACAGCAAGAGCGUGUGCAGCAAUUUGGGAAGCAGAAGCCUUUAUCCAGCAGGAUUUAACUGACUACUAGGGAAAUAAAAUCUAGUUCCUUGAGCUAAAAUAAAGCACCAAUUUCUAUGUCCGUAGAUGGCACCAAUGUAUGAGAGAGCGUCAGUGCCAAAGAGGAAGCCAGCAGAGGAGACACCCACUUUGCUUCACUCAGAACUGCAGCAAGGCGAGGAGAAGCAGACAUGUGGCGGGAGGUCCUUCCCAACACCUGGGAGAACAUCUUGUCCCGCAUCAGGUCUUUUCAGUAUUCUCAGAAGAAUGCAGUCCUGGUCCCUGUGGCUGCUGUGGGUGUUGGAGGGAUGCUGGUUUGCUGGCUGAUGUCUAGACGCAAGAUCAAGAGUAUUGAAAUGGGUGAUGGAUGGUGGGGGUCAGGCGAAAAACCCCUGAAAGGGAAGGAAGAUGAAAGCAUCCGCCCCUUCAAGAUUGAAACAUCUGAUGAAGAAAUUGAGGACCUGCACCACCGCCUUGACCAGGCUCGCUAUGCUCCUCCACUGGAAGGGGCAGCCUUCAACUAUGGCUUCAACUCCAACUACCUGCAGAAGGUGGUGGCCUACUGGAGGAACAAGUUUGACUGGCGCAAGCAAGUGGAAAUCCUGAACAAAUACCCUCAUUUCCAUACCACUAUUGAAGGAAUUGAUAUCCAUUUUAUCCAUGUGAAGCCCUCCUACGUCCCUCAUGGAAAAGCUGUUCAGCCUCUCCUGAUGGUCCAUGGCUGGCCUGGCUCUUUCUAUGAGUUCUACAAGAUCAUCCCUCUACUCACGGAUCCAGCCAAGCAUGGCCUGGACAGUGGUGAUGUGGUGUUUGAGGUCAUCUGCCCAUCCAUACCAGGCUAUGGCUUCUCAGAGGCACCACACCAGCAAGGAUUUGAUGCCCUUGCAACUGCUCGGAUAUUUCACAAGAUGAUGAAGAGACUGGGCUUCAAGGAAUACUACAUCCAGGGAGGAGACUGGGGAGCUCUUGUUACCACAGUUAUGUCCCAGAUGCUGCCACAGUCUGUGAAAGGGCUUCAUGUGAAUGUCGUCUUCACCAGCAUACAAGGUUUGAAAAAAGUGCUUCAAGUGAUGCUUGGGGCUUACGUACCAUGGCUUGUAGGCUUCACCAGGGAAGAUGUUCGACGGAUGUACCCUUUCAUGCAGAAGAACGUAUUUGACAUUCUGCGAGAAUCUGGAUACUUACACAUCCAAGCCACCAAACCAGACACUGCAGGUUGCGGACUGAAUGACUCCCCUGUGGGGCUUGCUGCAUAUAUUUUGGAGAAAUUCUCUACAUGGACAGAUAAAUCAUUCCUGUGUAAAGAUGAUGGAGGCUUGGAAAGCAAGUACUCUCUAGACGACCUUUUGACCAAUGUGAUGAUUUACUGGGUGACAGCAUCUAUUGUGCCCUCAAUGCGAUACUACAAGGAGAACUUCGCCCGGGACCCUGGCUUUGUUGCUGGUUCCAGGAUUGGAGUAUAUGUUCCAACAGGCAUUGCAGCUUUUCCCCAGGAGAUAGCACAUUCGCCACAGGUCUGGGCAAAGAAAACCUACAAGAACAUUGUCCGUUACUCUUACAUGCCACGCGGAGGGCAUUUUGCUGCCUUUGAGGAACCGAAGCUGCUGGCACAAGACAUCAUCCACUUUGUGAGAAAGGUAGAGCAGCUGUGAACCUGCAGUUUAGAUAGGCACAUAGAAUGGA